AAUCAAACAUUGAAGAAACAAAGGAUGAAAGGAUUGUUCUGCUCAGUUAAUCUGUAGAUGUUCAUUCAUAAUUCAUAACAAGAAUAAGAAUUGUAAAAAAUCACUUGUUUCAAAUGGGAAAGACUAGAGAAUAUUUCAAAAUGAAGUUGUCUCAGUCAGAGGAAAAUGAGGAAGAGGAAGAAGAAGAAACGUGUUGCUUUGUUGGCAAAGAGACAAAAAGAAGAAGUGGAUUACACAUCAGUGUCCUUCUGAGAAAAACUGGGGACUCACUAUCACAAUUGUCACUGUUCAGUCAGUUGGUAAAACAUGGCGAGGUUUGUCCAUCGAGAGCAAUCAGAGAUAACUGACUAUGUAAAUCUACCCGAACCAUCGGCCAGGAGUGUUGGCCAAGACGGGGGAGCGACUGCUGCAGGGUCUGGUGGAAAACUGUACAGAGUGGUUGCUGUGAGCUUUGGACUGCUGUGUAUCCUACAAGCUGCUCUCAACGUUUCGCUGCGUCUCUACAGCUUUUACAGUAAGACACCGGACAUAGCGCACUGUUGCACAAACCUGACUGGUGAUCUGAGGAGAGAACUCAUUACCUUUGAUCGCUUUUCCCAAAAAGGAUGGGUGUAUUUCCGUAGCAGUUUCUAUUACUUUUCUACUAAUCGGACAUCCUGGCAAGCGGGCAGAGCUGACUGUCUGCAGAAAGAAGCAGACCUGGUGAUUAUCAACAGCAAACAAGAGCAGGAUUUCACAAGACAAUUCAAUAAGGUCUCAUGGAUUGGACUGAUCCCCAAAGUAACCAACGGGACAUGGAAAUGGGUGGAUGACACUCCGCUGACCCAAAGCUACUGGGCCCCUGGGGAGCCAAAUGGUUUUGAAGGCAGAGAGGAAGACUGUGUAGAAAUAAGGUUCCUUGAUAUGGAGAACAGCUGGAAUGAUAUACCAUGUACUGAUCAAAACUUCUGGAUCUGUGAGAAGAAGAUAGCUUUAUAACACACCAUAUAAAACCCUGAAAAACUGAAAUUCAAUUCAUGCUUAAUUUGGAUGCACAAAUUCACACAUCACACAACAAUAUAGGUCAUUUAUUCCUACCCUUUUAAAUGCAACACUCGCAGUUUGAAACUUGUCGUUAAUAUUGUGACACAUGGGGUGGCCUCUAGCUCACCCGGUAAGAGUGUGCGCCCCAUGUAGGCUGAGUCCUUUGCAUCGGUCUGGGUUUGAAUCCAACCUGUGGCC